CGUGGGGUUAACCUUUGAUGGAAAAAACUUGAGCUAAUUUAAGAAUUACCCAUGGGAACAUGUGGGAAUUGUAUCAUUUGAAACUUAAUUGACACUCAUACAUCUAGAUGAGUCAAAUUUAAUCUUGAAGUCGACAUUGCAUAUGAAAACAUUAUAGAAAAUUGAAGCCCUUGAAACUUAAUUGACAUCCUCACAUCGAGAUGGCUGUCAAACACUCUGCAUCUUGGGGGUGAACUCCUGGUAGCACCGGCCUUUACUGAACCGACCGGCCGGGGUCGUUGCGUGUUGGGGUGCAUGUACAGUGACGAGGUCUGGUGAUGGUAGAGGUCCGGCGACGAUAAGGUUUUUGCCCGGAGAUAAAAGUAUGGAUGGCCUGCCGGAGAUGCUCUGGUGAUGGAAGGUGGCCUCGCUGCUGUUCCAGGUAUUCUGUUUGGAUGGGUUUUUAGGUAGCUUUAUCUUGGAACGUUUGUGCUUCUUCGUGUCAGUGUCCUCUGGUUCGUAGCCGGAAAAGACAUCCGGUUGUAUUGGAUGCAUAGCUGUCGCUGAGUGACGGCCGUGGGAGGGGAUUUGACUUGGUGACGGAAAGGUGACGGCCGUGGUCUGAUGCGCAACGGAACUCCUGGAAGGUGAUGGAUUGGUACGUGCAUUGCCGGAGAAGACAGCCGGCUCCUGAUUCAGGUUUUAUUCAAGGUAGAGCGGCCAUGGUUAGAGGAUGAGAUUUUGGAUCUGGUGAAGUUCUUUGGUUGUGGUGUUCAUCCGGCUUGGUACUUUGCCUUUCUUUAUUUCCACCGGACUGCUACAGGGCUGCCGGAACUUGGUGGGGUGAUGGGCGGAUCUGAGAAGGGUUCCCGGCUACUGUCUUACCGCCUCCAAAAAACCUUCUAUCGUUGCCACUGGAGGUCGCCGGGGUCUAGUGGGGGUGGGGGUGGAUGGGGGAGAUUCGGUUUGGCUUUUCGUGUUCUCCGGCUGGGUUUGUUAACCGUUUUCCUCUCUUGCCGGACCGCCGGGGAGAUGCCGGGACCAGGCGGGGUGGGGGAGGGAAGGGGGGUCUUUGUCUCCGGCUUUGGUUUUGUUUACCUCUCCGGUCAGUGGUCACCGGAAAACCUGGACUGGCGCCGGAGCCAGGUGGGGGACUGCGACGGGGGGGGGGGGGGGUUCGAACUGACGGACAGAUGGACACCUGUACGAUUGUACAGCCUGUCACAUCACUUUUGAAUUUUGCUGGAUUGGCGCUUGGCUUCAUGCGGCGCAAGGGGGUAAGGAUGGUGAUUGGGCUGAUUCCUAGGGUUUUGGCCCGUUUUUGAAGAUGGAAGCUACGCUCGUGGGCCAACAAUGCUGGAAGCUUGCUGCACUAGGCUGGCUCUGUGCGCUGCUGGUUUUUUUGGGCCCAAAGGCAUUCUACAUGCUGGGCUUGGCUGAUGCAUUGGAUGCUGCUGGAUGUUGGGCCAGGUGGCGGACCAUUUUUGGUUCAAAACUUGGGCUCCUUAUUGAUGUAUUGGACAGUUUGUGAUAUGAGUCGGGGCUUGUCCCGUGCCAUUUUGAUUUUCCAAAAAACUCUCUCUCUCCCUCCUCGCAUGCGGGGGGGGGGGGGGGAUAUGAUAGAUACUAUUUUAGGUUAGCUUGCUAGCUUAGAUAGUUAUUUUUGAUUUUUUGAUGCAUUGUACUUGUGCUAUUUUUCUAGAUAUAUAUAUUUACAUUUUAUCCAAAAAAAAAAAGAGGAGUCAAAUUUAAUUUUGAAAUCCGACAUUGCAUAGGGAAA